AUGUCGCACGAAGGGAAACCGAUCACGUGUAAAGCCGCGGUGGCCUUUGCGCCCAAGCAACCGCUGGAGGUCGUCGACGUCGUCGUCGCUCCUCCCCAAGCGGGCGAGGUGAGGAUCAAGAUCAUGUUCACCGCGCUGUGUCACACCGACGCGUACACCCUGGACGGUUUCGACAGCGAGGGGAAGUUCCCGUGCGUGCUCGGACACGAAGCCGCGGGCGUGGUUGAAUCCGUCGGCUCCGGAGUGACGUCGUGCAAACCAGGCGAUCGCGUGAUCCCGUGUUACCAGGCGUACUGCGCCGACAUCUCCGAGAACCCGUGCGAGCACUGUUUGCACCCGAAAUCGAACCUGUGCCAGGCGGUUCGAGCGUGGACCGGUCGCGGGGUGAUGAAGACGGAUGAAAAGCCGAGGUUCACGCUCGCGCGCGACGGGAGCGAGAUUUUUCACUUCAUGGGAACGUCGACGUUUUCAGAGUACACGGUGGUGCACGAGGUGGCGGUGGCGAAGGUGAACAACGACGCGGCGCCGCUCGAUAAGGUGUGCCUGCUCGGAUGCGGUGUGUCCACUGGAUGGGGCGCGGUGCACAAUACGGCGGGCGUCGAAGCCGGGAGCACGGUGGCCGUCUUCGGUCUCGGCGCGGUUGGCUUAGCGUGCAUCGAGGCGGCGGUCGAGGCCGGCGCGCGUCAAAUUAUCGGUGUGGACACGAACGACGAGAAGGAGGCGAUCGCGCGCCAAUUUGGGGCGACCGAUUUUGUCAAUCCGACCAAGUUUCCGGGCAAGGACACGCAGAGCGUCAUCGUGGAGAUGACCAACGGCGGCGUCGAUUACUCCUUCGAGUGCGUCGGUAACGUCAACGUCAUGCGAAGCGCGCUCGAGUGUUGCAGGAAGGGUUGGGGCACGUCCGUCAUCGUCGGCGUCGCUGCUGCUGGCACGGAGAUCUCGACGAGACCGUUCCAACUCGUCACCGGUCGCACCUGGAAGGGGACUGCUUUCGGAGGGUACAAGAGCCGCGUUGCGGUUCCGAAGCUCGUCGAAAAGGUCAUGUCCGGCGGAGAUAAGGCGAACCUAGACAAAUACAUCACGCAUCGCAUGAAGUUUGAGCAAAUCAACGAGGCUUUCGACUUGCUGCACGCGGGCAAGUGUUUGCGUUGCGUGUUGUCCAUGGACUGA